AUGUCAGUUUUCCCCGCCAAAAAGAGCAAUGCUAUAAAAACCCUACAUUCAGGCGCGCGUCUGACAGUGCCGUACCGUGCAGAUAUGGACGCCGCUAAAUCGCCGCCGCCCGCCUCACUCAGGUCGAAGAAGCAGCCACAUUCACCCGCCCCGUUGGAUAAGAAGGCGCGGAAAGUUCCUGAAUCCGACCCGAAUCCAUGGGGAGUGAAGACGCCCAGCAAGCCGGCGGACCCCCCAAGGCGGCUGUGCAACCGCCGUGCGGCGAUGUCGAUCAAGGAAAUCAGGGAGGCGGCGAUGAAACUACGGGGACGCAGAUCCGACCCGCCAGAACCGAUGGAACCCGUGGUUGAAUCCAAAGUCGAGUCCGUUGCUAAGUUGAAGAAGCCUUCUGGAUCCGAGAUAAAGCUUCCCGAGAAGUAUGAGUUGUUAGAUAAAUUCUUCAACAGCUUGGAUAGCUCAAUCAGACUACUUCGGUUGAAAGGAUCUGCACCAGUAUUUGCUAACAUUAGUCCCCAAGUAGAGAGUUUAACCGACAGUUUUGAAUUUUCAGCUAAUGUUAUUCCCUUGUACUUCAUCAGGAGGUUCACAUAUAACCAUUUAGCCCAAUUGAAGUUCAUCAUGCCCGAGGAGAUUAUGGUAGAAAAAGUUAUGCGGCAUGAUGAGCGCACGAGCUGCAUGAGGCCUGACCUUCGCGUCACAUUGAAUGAAGCAGUGAAAAGCAAGAGCAAUUCUCAAUCUCUUGGUGGCAAUCUGCGGUUGAGGAAGGUUUUCCGUGACCGGCUUCUGAAAUUUUUCAAAUCACAUCCAGAGGCUGAAGAAGUACCAGAGGAACCUCUUCCAGAACCUUUUAGUCGACUCAAGAAAAAUGCAAGUGCAAAUUCUGUACAGUCCUCAACUUCAAAUUCGAUAACCGAAACACCACUCUUUGGAAGACAAUCAUUCCCAUCAUCUCAUCUCUCUCCAUCUUUUAAACCUCGGUUCGCACAAAAGGCUUCUUCCCAUAGCAUAGAAUACCCCAAGCGAGACCAACCAGUGGUUUCGGAAGAAAAAACUCCCACGAGACCCUCCGAAAAACAAUCUAUUCCAAAUUAUUCAAAUUCUCCUUCCAAAUUACCCCACAACCUUACACAUACUCAAACACCGGUCAAAUGUGUAAAUUCUGUUGAUAAUUAUGGCCAAAGCUCCAUACUAAAUACGCCAGCUGGCAUCAAAUCGACUCCUGCUGAGCUGAUGAGUGCCACACCUGCCCUUCGUCCACCUAAGAGGAGUCACAUGAGCCCUGAUGAUAAUAGUUCAUAUAGAUCACCAAGCAAACUCGUUAAACGGCCACCCCCAAACAGGCCUUUGAAAUUCGACACCCCUGUAAAGAAUUCAAAGUUAGAUUUUGAGCUUGAUAUAAGCGAAAGUCGGUCAACUGGUGGUGCUGAUGAUGUCUUGGACAUUCUUCCAGACGCUCUCAUACAAUCGAUACGUGAGAAGGAGAGGCUAGCAGCAAUUGAACGGGACCCGGCAAUCUCUCGAGCAAAACUGAGGCAGAAAAUGAUAGCAGGCCUGCCAAAGAGGUUCGACACUAUCUACUACUUGUUUCAAUCAAUGGGACGUUCGGUGGUCACUAAAGAGGAGCUGAUCCAGAAAAUCAUAACUGGUGAUUUGAAUGUCACUGACAGAAAUGAAGUCGAGGAGCAACUUACAUUGCUAAAAGAACUUGUUCCUGAGUGGAUAUACGAGAAGUCGAUAAUGAGUGGGGAUCUCCUCAUAUGUGUUAACAAAAGCUCGAGUCCUGAGUCCCUAAUCGCUCUCUGUUCUCGUUCUCUUCUCAUUUCUCUUCUCUGUACUCCCCGCUGUCCUCAAAUCCUCCCUGCUGUCCCCAAAUCUUCCGCCCCUACACGGCUACACCCCGCCACUACUCCUCCGUCGCUCACCAGUCCUCCGUCGAUCGCUGCUCGUGGAUCGUGGCCACCGCCUCACCGGCCAAGGAGUUCGGUCUUUGAUCCGGUCAAGGAGCUCUGUCUUCGCUGCUCCUCCGUCGUCGUUGUUACUAGUGAGCCUGUAUGUUCUCCUUUUGGGAAUGAAAAUGAAACCCUAAACUCUCUCUACCUACGGCGACCACUCAAGCUUUCACCGGCCACCACUAAAGGAAGCGCCUUAUCAUCACCGCCCAACAACCUCCGGCUACCGAUCAGGCGCGCUCAAGCUGUCGACGAACUCGGCACUCGCUCAAUCCGCAGCAUCAACUCGUCACUCGUCAGGUUUAAGGUUGAGAUUUUAGCCUUUCAAGAGAUAAUGUCAUACUCACCAGCUCUUGAUAAACGAGAGCACUGUAAUUCGCGACAAAGGACUACCUUUCCUGUGCAAAUUAAUCAAGUCAGAGCAAACAUGCUAGCAGCUGCUCAGAUUCGUCCCAUCGUUCACUCCUGUCACAGGAUUCGCCCAUUCAGUUCACCUCCCCCAUCAAAAACCACAUCUUUGCACCUGAGUCACCUCGCCAGAAAACUCGAUUUCCUCGAACGAACCAAGCUCCACCACGGCCUCCUCUCUCCUCUCCAAAAGCCCUCACCCGUUGCUGCUGCCCUAACCACCAGCGACGGCAACCCGAUCACCUCCUCCAUCCCAGAAGAAGAACAACCACCAAACGACAGACCAAACGCACUCUUCUCAAACUGGGCCCCACCCAGAUACCUCUGGCGUGCCCUCUCCAUCCUCAUCCUCGCUGGCCAAGUCGUCACUCGAUCUCUCAACGGCAAAAUCCACUGGAAAAACACCCUCCAACAGCUGGCACGCGUGGGCCCGAGAUCCGUCAGUGUCUGCCUCUUAACCUCCGCAUUUGUCGGCAUGGCUUUUACAAUCCAAUUCGUGCGCGAGUUCACUCGACUCGGCCUCAACCGAUCUGUAGGCGGAGUUUUGGCCCUCGCUUUUUCUCGGGAGCUAAGCCCAGUCGUCACUUCUAUUGUGGUCGCGGGCAGAAUCGGGAGCGCCUUUGCAGCCGAGCUUGGGACUAUGCAAGUUUCCGAGCAGACGGACACACUUAGGGUUUUGGGUUCGGACCCUGUGGACUAUCUGGUGACUCCACGGGUUUUAGCUUCGUGUGUGGCUCUCCCGAUUUUGACACUCAUGUGUUUUGUGGUGGGUAUGGUGUCGAGUGGGAUAUUGGCGGAUGGGGUUUAUGGGGUGAGUAUUAAUAUAAUAUUUAAUUCGGCUAGACGGGCAUUGAGGUCGUGGGACAUUGUAAGCUCCAUGUUAAAGUCGGGGGUUUUUGGUGGGAUUAUAUCGGUGGUGAGCUGCGCGUGGGGUGUGACGACUAUGGGUGGAGCGAAGGGUGUGGGGGAGUCGACUACUUCGGCUGUGGUGGUGUCGUUGGUCGGGAUUUUCAUUGCGGAUUUCGUGCUGUCGUGCUGUUUUUUCCAGGGUGCUGGGGAUUCUUUGAAGAAUUGUAUGUGAUGCGAACGUUUCCUUUUGGUUUGGAGGAAAUGAAGUCUGUGGUUUGUUGGCUGUUUUCUUCUCUGAGUUCUGUAAUUGUUCGAAUUCGAUGUGGGAUGUGGGAAAUGUAUGUUUGUUUAUGGAAAUUUUUAGUCGAUGUGGGAUGUGGGAAAUGUAUGUUUGUUUAUGGAAAUUUUUAGUUUUGUUUAGAUUUUUUGGUUAUUUGGUUAAUUUUGAAAAAAGUGGUAUGAUUA